UUUGUUCUUCGUUUUCCAAAACGAGAAGUGACCAAUUAUGCCCAAGUGUGGAACAUGCCCAGUUUGAGUGCGUUUACCGUCUGUUUCUGGAUGAAAUCAAGCGGCAAGAAAGAGGGAGUGCCAUUUAGCUAUGCCGUUCCAGUAGAGGAAAACGAACUGCUCUUGGCUAAUUACAAGGACUUUACCUUACGUCUUGGUGGUGAAAAGAAGUAAGUUAUAUACAAUUAAUAGUGCAUUUCUUUGGAAAAACUCGAGACUAAUAGUAGAGAUUUUAAAUCUGGGGCCAAACGGAUUCUUAACAACGAAAAAAAAAAAAAAAUAGAAAAACAGAAAAAAUUCGAAAUUGGAUUCUUCAGCGUUGGGAACCAUAAAACCUUGAUCUCGCGUAUUAAAAGCAGGUUCAUUUACCAGGACUUACCCUUCAGUUUCAGAUUUCGAUUUUAUUCGGUAAAUCCAGCCAGAGUGUGGAUAUUUUAUGUUAACAACGUUUUGAAUAAAAAAGAUAGUUGCCCUCGAAUAAGCACCGCGCCCAGGAGCAGUCGUGUGUAAUGAAUGAAUGUUGGCCAAGCUGUUUUCUUUUGCGUUGUUAUGUUGCAAGACAAAAUCAUGGUCAAUGAAAACGCAAAAAAAAAAAAAAAAUGAGGCCAAUAACCAGCCAUACUAGACCAAACAAUCCAACACGAGAAAUCCCGAAAUCACUGAGGUAGCCAAAAAAAUAUAUAUUCAUUCAAAAUAUUUCUUCCUCACUGAUUGGCUCAAAUACAAUGGACAAUUUUUUAUAACCAGCUAGCGUCAAACAAAUUUGAAAGACGUUUGCGAUAUCGUGUACUGAUGACAUCAAUAGCGCAGGCACGAGGUUGUUUUAGCUCAGCUGUUUUGAUAAUGCGGAUUAUUCGGUAUGGCACAGUAACUUUCUUUUUCACUGACAGGAAGACAGGGAUAUCGGCAAAUGAUGGCAAAUGGCACGCUAUCUGUGUGACAUGGAACAACGACGAUGGCACUUAUCAGUUCUUCAAAGAUGGAGCAAUGGAAAAACAAGAGACAGACUUUAAGAAGGGCCACACCAUCAAGGCUGGGGGAUCUCUGGUUCUUGGACAAGACCAAGAUGAGGUCUGCGGCGACUUCGAAGAAGACCAGAGCUUUGAAGGAAACUUGGCUAGGGUUAAUGUGUGGUCCUAUGUCCUGCCAAAAGACGCUAUCAUUACUUUUUCUGAAUCUUGCUCCAGUAACCUUGGAAUCAGAGGAGACGUCUACAAAUGGUCCGAUUUUAUCUACGGAGUUAAAGGA